GUACUUAUAACACAACUUCCUCACAAACGGACAUUGUAGAUUUAGUAGAAACUUCCUCUACUCAAACCCCGCACUUGCCUAAUAACCAGUACAUGUGGCAGAGGUCAGCGUCAGCCAAAGAGUUGCGUAAGCCUUGCCUACAGACUUCCCAGGACUCCUUUAUCGAACCCAUAAUCCCCCCUAGAUCCCGUAAUUUUGCCAUUGCAGGUUCUAAAACACCUUCUUUCGAUAGAGAUGCUGAAACUAAAGUUUAUUCGAGUAGUUACCCUGGCACUACAAGCUCUCUUUCAACAGAGAGUGCAGAUGAACUUGAACCUGGCGGCUCCAUUCUUGUUAUAGAUACAGGUAGUUCACGAGAUGACUUGAGUCAUGACUCUUACGAAUUGUUAGAACGUGACAGUCGCAACUAUUCUCGCAGUUGUUCCAUUGGUUCUUCUGGUCCAGAAAAUCAGGAUGAUGAACUGUUUACCAUGGAUGACUAUAGAGAUUUUGAUGAUGUCGACAAGAGAUUGGGAUAUGUUGAGCCUAGAUACAGAAAUGUUGGAUUUAAUGAAUUUAACGAACUCUGUAAGAGAGGGUUUGCUUCUAAAAGGAGCUCUCAACCAGUUGAAUUUAAUGAAUUUGAAGCCAAAUGUAUCCCGGGUGCGGUUAUUCGUCAUGAUGUCCCAGAAGAAAGAUAUCCUGUGGAACGGACUAAAAGCGAACCAUACGUUUCUGACUUUUGGAAAGUUGCUCGUGAGCAUAGAAAGUUGUUUCAUCAGAAAAGCUUUGAUUACACUCCUAGUGAAAGUAUGGAUUCGGAUGGAAGUAAGAGUACGGCUGAUAUUCCUUACACUUUACAUAAACGACAACAAAUGAAUGGAACUUCAUCAGGAUUUGAGUGUGGUUCACCAGUUUCUCCUAAUAAAUCUGAAGAGAAACCAGUGAGUUUUGAAAGAAAAUCAUCUUUGAAAUCUGGAGAGAGGUUUGCCAAAACAAAACAUGAUUCUGAUCUCAAUUCUCAAGAUUCUGGCCUUUCGCUAAGUCUAGGAGCUGAAAGCACUGAUGACUUAGAAGAAUCAAAAAAUACAACUACACUCCCUGAAAAGAAAUCUACUUCUACAGGAACUACACUUAAAGUUAAAAAAGAUUUGUUAAAAGUCAGUUCUGAAGAUGGCCCUCAGCAUAAAAGCCUUCUUGCGAAGACUAAGGCUGUAAGUGCAGAUUCUGGUUUGAAGAGAGUUUUCAGUUUUGAACGCCCUCCACCUGUUGAAGUUAUUAAAAUCCCAUCACAAGAUGGUGAGGGCAUUGUUAUCUGUAGUUCUGAUAGUAAAAAUUUCUCAUUGGAUACGAGUGAUCCGGAUGUGAUCAUUGUUGAAUACCAUACUAAGAGGAAACGAGCAUUUCAAAAGCGAAGUUCUUCUGGGUCAGUCGAAAAAGAGAAAAGGGGAUCUAGCUUUGAAAUCAUUAGAGAGGAUAAAAACAAAAAGGAACGCCACAAAGAAUGGAGAAGCGAAUCGAAGUCAAGUUACGAUAUUCAAGAUAAGACUGAUUUUAAAAGAGAAAGGUUUAGCAAAGAAGUUAAAACUAGCAUUGAAGGAAAAGUUGUUCGCGAAUCUUUAGAAGAGAAAGAAUUGAAAAAACAAAAGAGUGAAGAGUUAUACAGGCAGAAGACUGAAGAACUAAGAAAACAGAGGAGUGAAGAUCUACAAAGGCAGACGAGUGAGGAAUUACAGAGGCAAAAGAGUGAAGAGAUGCAAAAGAAAAUUUUAAGGAGACAAGAAGUAAUUGAGCAGUUACGACAAAAACACGAAGAUCUCAAUAAAAUAGAAAUUAUUAAGACAAAUAGAGAGAAUGAAAAGAAGUCGAAAACAAUGCAGAAGCCUAGUGUGCAGAAACAAGAUAAUGUAUUCAAAGAACUUUCGCCAAAAUCAAUUCAAAAACAUGACAAAGUUGUCAUGGAAGUCCCGGUGGAAAUCAAUGCAACAGAAAAGCAACUUGGCUACUGUAGGUGUGAACAUAAAGAUUCAAUUGAAAUAGAGAAAAUGGAAGAUAUAAAUGAAGAGAAGGAUAGUGUUUUUGAAGAUGAUAGUACAAAGGAAGACACUCCACUCCAAGUAACUGAUAAUGAAGAAAAACAGAUAGAUUUGAAAGAACCAGAAGAAGUUAAGGAAGAAAGUAAACCUGAGCCUGAUUUGAAGGAAGAAAGCAAACCUGAACCUGAUAAGAAGGAAGAAAGUAAACCUGAACCUGAAGUGAAGGAAGAAAGCAUACCUGAACUUGAUGUUACAGCUAAUGUUAUUGUUAAAGAAGUUGCCAAAAUUUCUCCAAAAAAGGAAAUUUCAGAACCAGAAAUAGUCACAACAACCAGCACCAAACCAUCACAGUUCCAAGAAAAUACAGAAUCAGAUAUUAAAAAAAGGACUGUAGUUGAAGAAAAAGCUAAAGCUGUUGUUUCUCCAGAGAUGGUUUGGAAAAAGUUUGGUGAUCUUCCUCCAAUCACAAACAAAAGAGAGCGUUCUCCUGUGUUGUUCGCUAGACUGGGCUUUUCAGAAGGCUCAGCUUUCAUACCUGCAAAAGCCCAAUCACCUGCAAGCUCCCGAAGAGCAAAAUCACUAGAUGCUCCAGUUGUAUCUCUUCAUAGGCUUCCACCUAUAACAUCUUUCUCAAGUAAGGACGAUACUCUUGAUAACGAAGAAGGCGUUGAAUUAGAGGAGAAAACUUUAAGAACUACGAAACCCAUCUCUGUAAUAGAAGAAGAAGAUGCUGCUAACCUAUCUCCUCUUAUUCAAGAUUCUAACCAUUAUAUGACUACCAUUCAAGAGCCUGAUUUAACACAAAUGCUUCCAGAGAUUGCCACCGAAGACCCGGCCAAGGAAGAAAAUGCAUUAUUUGAAACUCUAGAGCCAACACUACUUCAGUCGUACAGUGUGGAGCCCCUUCCUUACACUAUGAUUUAUAACAACCAUGAAGGCGAACAAGAACUUCCGGAUGUUACUCAGUUUGGACCAGAUUAUCGAGUCAAAAUCUGUUCUCAGCUAAGUGAUGAACAAAAAGUUCCAGAAUUCCCAGAUUUUCAAACCAAUGACUAUGAUGAGGUCUGUGAAGAAGUGCAAGAAGAAGAAGAAGAAGAUAUUUUUAACAAUGAUGUGUUUGACAGUAGAACACUGGAAUACAGCAGUGAAGCAACUAAUAUACCUCAGCCUGAACUAGGUAAUGAUUAUAAACAAGCAGCCACAGAGGUGGACGAGUUAGAAGAGGUGUUUGACAGUACAGUAAAUGAAGAACCUCAACCAGAAAGAAGGCCAAGCACCAGACAAGAAAGACUAGAUUCAUUUAAAAAUACCAAAAGUUAUUCUGUUGAUAUUUGGACAUCAGAAGAAAAUGAACCUCCUGGGAUUCCGACAGUUGAUGUUGAAGAUGUAGAUUGGUGUGAUGAUGAUACAUUUGUUCCAGACCCCAUCGAUGCCAUGAUGGAACAUCUUUCACCCAAAAAGAAGGAGUUUCCCAUAACCACCAAUGAAAUUAACCCAAAUGAUAUACCAAUAGAUUUAAUACCUGAACUACCGACGAUUGACGUUAAAGAAACUCUUGAAGAUUCUCAGCACGAUAGUAAUGCUGAUAUUGCUUCACUAUCUGAAUUGUGUGAAAAGAUCAUUGAACCACCACCCGAACUGAAGUUAAUACCUCCGAAGAGAAGUUUUGAUGAAGAUGUAUCUAGUUCUUCCAGUUUCAAACCUGAUAAGACAACCUUGAAGCCUUUCUCACUUGAAAGUUCAGGUUCUUCUAGUUUAGAAGAAGGGAUCUUCCCUCCUGAUGAUUGUUCCCAUUUUGCGGAUGAAGAAGAAGGAAGUAGUAAUUCUGCCAAGGAUGAAUAUCAGGGAUUUGGCUACUCGGUAGCCGGAGCAGAAUUAGUGAUAGGAGGCUAUACAGGAGGUGUAUUUGGUCUUUCGAGGACUUUAUCAAGGAUAUCUGAACGAAGCACAACUUCUGAGCAAGAUAGAUCAGAUUUUGAUGACGAUUUGUCUACAAAACCUUCUUCUAGAUCACUCUCAUUGGAAGAUGAAUCUUUAAUGUCAUCGGAUAGGCAACCAUCGCUUUCUUCAGAUCCUUCAAUUAAUCCUGAAGUUGAAGAGCAACCACUGCCACCGCUUCCACCUGAGCCUUUAGGCUUUAAAAUUCCACCUCCACUUUUGCAACAUGAUGAGGAAUGGCCUUCUCCUCCAAACUCCUCUUUUGAUACACCAAUUGUAGGUAGUGUUGAAACUUACUAUAUGAACAUCAGACCCGAGGAGCCCACUAAAGUUAUACUUCCUAAAGAGCCAUAUGACAAUGAUUACUCUUCAGAUUCAGAUUAUGAAAAUAAAACUUUACAGGACGAUGAUGGACCUGAUUCUUCCACAAAAGAGAGUACAGUGAAGUUAGCAUUGAAGCACAAAAAGCCUGGAAAUUCAAGCGACACAUCUUUAGGAAUAUCUGACUUUUCAAGUAGCACUGGCACAGUGAAACAUUGUCAGUAUUACUCCUGUACUGUCAAAUCUGACGAUAGUUCAUUGGCUGAUUUUGGUUCCUCGUUGUCAACUGAAAUGUUGUCUUCUUCUCGAAAAAAUUCUGAUGAUUCGAUGUGUUUACGGCGAAGGAGUUUUCACCACAUUCAGAGGAGAUCUUUUGAUGAUUAUGAUUCUCCUUACAGUGAAUCGGACGAAAGCUGUCCAAAGCAGACCAAGAGGACCUACUCAAACUUGCCCAGCCCGACAACUCCUUGUGGAAAAAAGUUGAACAAAGAAAGACAAUGCGCCAAGUCAAAUCAACUUGAAAGGAGAAACGUUUGCUCAAAAUCGAUUGCUCGUUCCAAAUGUUACUCUUACUACUCUCUUGCUCGUAGUCCACCUAGCGAUGGCUCAUCGUCUUCUUUAGAAAUGGGUGAACCGCCAUCAACACCUAACACUAUACCAAGAGUGUCAAAGAGACGCAGGCAUGUUCCUCCUUCUAAACGCCGUCAACGUGUAUCUGCUGAGACAGAUAUUCGGGAUGGCCAAUUGAUUUCUGUAUCUAGUCCUUCUGUUGCUUGUGUGAAACGAAACACACGGGACCGGUCUCAAAUGUCUAAACAGUCUUCUGUCUAAAUUCCAAUUAUAAAAAAAGAACUGCUCAAAAGAAUUUAUUUAAAAUAAGGGAACCCCAUUUAAAAAUAGUUAUU